UGAUGUAACAUUCGUUUGAUACAUGAAACGCACACACAAACGUACGCAAACACGUGACGUCAUAAACGCGGAAACGAGCUGGAGCUGUCACGUGGGGAAGCACAAUAUUUCCCCGUCAUAUGGGAAAACACAAUAUUCCCAACCUGAAGAAAAAAUGAUCCACAUCUACCUUGUCUGCCUUUUUGCAUUUUCAAAUGCCCUGUCUGGUUACCAUAUCAGAACACCAAUAAAAACGAAUGAAAGGCCAAUAAUCGGUGUUCUUGCCCAGGAUGUGUAUGACCCGCAGCCUCAAAAAAACUCCUAUAUUGCAGCGUCAUACGUUAAGUUUCUGGAAUCUGCUGGAGCUCGUGUGGUGCCUCUGAUGAUAAAUAAGUCUGAUGAUGAGUACAGAAGGCUCUUCAAAUCCAUAAAUGGAGUCCUUUUUCCUGGAGGUGGAGUCAGUUUAGAAUCAUCUGGCUAUUCCAAAGCAGCUGGUAUUUUCUACAGACUUGCUCUUGAGGCCAAUUCAAAUGGUGAUUAUUUCCCAAUAUGGGGAACCUGUUUGGGAUUUGAACUGCUCACAUUGCUAACAAGUGGGAAGUUGCUGUUGUCCCAUACCAACACUAGUGGUAUCGCCUUGCCACUGAACUUCACAGACGAUGUUAGAGACAGUAGACUGUUCAAAGACUUCCCUGAAGACCUUAUGAAAUCACUGGAAACAGAACCACUCACAGAGAACUCUCAUCAGUGGAGUCUUACCAAAGAGAACUUUAUCAAGAGUGAGACCCUGAAAAAGUUCUACAGAGUUUUGAGUACAAACACAGAUGGCCACAAUGAGUUUGUAUCUACAAUGGAAGCAUAUGACUUUCCUAUCUAUGCUACUCAAUGGCAUCCAGAGAAAAAUGCUUUUGAGUGGACCCGGCCCUAUAUUCCCCACACACCUUCAGCCAUAAAGACCACAUUCUACAUGGCUUACUUUUUUGUGAAUGAAGCGAGGAAAAGCUUUCAUAGCUUCCCUAGUACAGAGGAAGAGGAGAAAGCGUUGAUCUAUAACUACAAACCUGAAUACACUGGAACCCAAAGAGCAUUUGAACAGAUAUAUUUCUUUGAUUAGGUUAAUUUUUUAAAUGAACUUUUGUUUUGAUUAGUGUUUUUUAUUUGAAUGAUUAUUAUUUAUUUAAUUUAAUUUUGAACUUCACAUACUCCACGUGACACGAAAAUGAUCAAACUGAAUUAUGAUUGAGAUAAAUUAUUAUUCCUUUCAGAUGUAUCAAAAUGGAAUACUUCCCAAACAAUACAAAAAACAAACAUUUUGGCAAUUAUGAAAUUAUGUAAACAAACAUGUAUACAAAAAUCAUGUAGAAUUUGUAGUGUUAAUAAAAUGUGUGUGCUUGCUGUGAA